UGAAAAUAGCAAUAUAGUUUUUCCUUUGCCAAACACAACACUGUCAACAGCAUAAUCAUUUUUUUCUUCUGCUAUUAGACUCUUUAUUACAACAUUCAACUAAUAUAUUUUUUAAUCUAGCGUUGGUGAGCAGUUUAAAUUGUUUUCAAAACAGCGAUACUAUUUGCAUACGCUUUUUAAUCAAGAACAGGUGAAUGAAACAUAAACAACAGCCUUUUUCAAAACAACUAUUUAAAACUGGCUUUUAUUGGUGUUGUUUGAGGAUAAUUUCAGGCGAAAACUGGCAAAUGAGUGUUAAAAUUGUUGUAGACUUAUUUAUAUACUUCGGGUUUUGAGGUUUUGGUUUUAAUAAAAGUUAAAAAUGCAACGACAAGUAAGCGUUGAAGAGAGGAGAGCGAUUAACAAUGAAGAUAAUUCCAAUUCGGAUCCAGAGGAUUUUGGGAUUUGUGCGUUACUUCUGACGGCUGCCUCGCUAAUUCUUGUCGUGAUUACCUUUCCAUUUUCCUUGAUCUUUUCACUUAAAAUAGUUCGUGAAUAUGAAAGGGCUGUUAUAUUUCGAAUGGGUCGUCUUCUUCCUGGUGGUGCCAAAGGACCUGGGUUGUUUUUCGUGGUGCCAUGUAUCGAUAGUUACAAAGCUGUAGACCUCAGGGUUGUGUCUUUCGAUGUCCCACCUCAAGAGAUUCUAACCAAGGACAGUGUGACAGUGGCCGUUGAUGCUGUAGUCUAUUACAAAAUUUAUGAUGCGACAAUGUCUAUUACUAAAGUAGAAAAUGCCAGUCGUGCUACAAGAUUCCUUGCACAGACCACAUUGCGUAAUGUGUUGGGAACGAGAAGUUUGAGCGAAAUUUUAUCGGAGAGAGAAGCCAUUAGUCACAAUAUUCAAACUACUCUUGAGGGUCCAACACGAGGUUGGGGAGUGCAGGUGCAACGUGUAGAAGUUAAAGAUGUGCGUCUGCCUCAAAACUUGCAAAGAGCCAUGGCAGCUGAAGCUGAGGCCACAAGAGAAGCAAGAGCCAAGGUAAUUGCUGCAGAAGGUGAAAUGAACUCAUCUCGCGCUCUUAAAGAAGCAGCAGAAGUGUUGGAAGAUUCUCCACAUGCCUUACAACUACGGUAUCUUCAAACGUUGAACGCCAUUGCAGCAGAAAAGAACUCCACAAUAAUCUUCCCUCUUCCUAUAGAACUUACAACCUCCAUGAUCGCAAAGAAAAGUAAUAGAGGCAGCGUUAGAGUUGUUUAAAAUAAUCUUUCUACGGCGUAGUUUGUGUUUGUAUAUAGUUCCUAAAUCUCAUGUGGUCGUUUAUGUCAUUUGUCGAAAUAUUGUAACUUGUAGCCAUUCAAGUAUAAAGCGAUAUAUGCACAGAGCAACAUAACUGUAUGUACCCAGGGUGCUAUGAGUGACCAGGGUAGACUGUAUGAUAUUACAGUGUUUUUGAAAUCAACCACAUGUUUAUAAAUAUAGUACAGUAGAAAGCAGCACAGACUCAGUGCAAUGCAGUAUAUUAUACAAAAACUUAAGUAUUUCUAGCUAUGUGAUUCGUUGAGAACAGUGCAAAACGUCUUAAUAUCGACAACGUUAAAAGAAAUUUGUUUAAAAUUUAUAUU